CCGUGGAAACCGGCGGCCCAAAAUCUUAACAUUCGCUGUUUCGGAGAUUUCUCAGCAUCCUACGCUGAUGCCAUCAAUCCGUUAACGCUGUGUGUGAGUAAGGACAGGCGGUAGUUGGAUCCCCGGAGCUGAAAAUCAGUCGCUUCGUUAAGAAGCCUCAGCAUGUCCGCCAGCGCUGUUUAUGUGUUGGAUCUGAAAGGCAAGGUCCUGAUCUGCCGUAACUACCGCGGCGAUGUGGACAUGUCUGAGAUCGAGCACUUCAUGACCCUGCUGAUGGAUAAAGAAGAGGAGGGGACUCUCUCCCCCAUCCUGGCCCACGGAGGAGUGCGUUUCAUGUGGAUCAAACACAACAACCUCUACCUUGUUGCUACAUCUAAGAAAAAUGCCUGCGUGUCCUUGGUUUUCUCUUUCCUGUAUAAAAUCGUUCAGGUGUUCUCAGAGUACUUCAAGGAGCUGGAAGAGGAGAGCAUCAGGGAUAACUUUGUCAUCAUUUAUGAGCUGCUGGAUGAGCUGAUGGACUUUGGCUACCCACAAACGACAGAUAGCAAGAUUCUCCAGGAAUAUAUCACACAAGAAGGGCACAAGUUGGACACAGGCGCCCCACGGCCCCCUGCCACGGUGACCAACGCUGUGUCCUGGAGGUCAGAGGGUAUAAAGUACAGGAAGAAUGAGGUUUUCCUGGACGUCAUUGAGUCAGUGAACCUCCUGGUGAGUGCGAAUGGAAAUGUCCUGCGCAGUGAGAUUGUGGGCUCCAUUAAAAUGCGAGUGUUUCUCUCAGGCAUGCCAGAGCUGCGAUUGGGCCUCAACGACAAGGUCCUGUUUGAAAACACUGGACGAGGGAAGAGCAAGUCUGUGGAGCUGGAAGAUGUGAAGUUCCAUCAGUGUGUGCGUUUGUCCCGUUUCGAGAACGACCGCACCAUCUCCUUCAUCCCUCCAGACGGAGAGUUUGAGCUCAUGUCUUACCGCCUCAACACACAUGUGAAGCCACUGAUCUGGAUCGAGUCUGUGAUUGAGAAGCAUUCGCACAGCAGGAUUGAGUACAUGAUAAAGGCUAAAUCACAGUUCAAGCGGCGCUCUACAGCCAAUAAUGUGGAGAUCCACAUCCCUGUACCCACAGACGCAGACUCACCCAAGUUUAAGACCACCGUGGGCAGUGUGAAGUGGGUCCCAGAGAAUAGCGAGAUUGUCUGGUCCAUCAAAUCUUUCCCUGGAGGUAAGGAGUAUCUGAUGAGAGCUCACUUCGGUUUGCCAAGUGUGGAAGCAGAAGAUAAAGAAGGAAAGCCACCGAUCAGCGUCAAGUUUGAGAUUCCGUACUUCACCACCUCUGGAAUACAGGUGCGCUACCUGAAGAUCAUUGAGAAGAGCGGAUACCAGGCGCUGCCGUGGGUCCGAUACAUAACCCAGAAUGGAGAUUAUCAACUCCGGACCCAGUAGUACAACUUCAGCCAUCUCCUGCAGAGCCUGGGCCUCUGUCUCUCUGUCUCUCUCUCUCUCUCUCUCUCUCUCUCUCUGUCUCUGUCUCUCUCUUUCUGUCUCUCUCUCUCUUUCUCUCUCUCUCUCUCUGUCUCUCUGUCUCUGUCUGGACCUGAGCCAGUGGCAUAUCUGCAGUGUUUGAGGAGGGAAAACAAGUUUUUUGGUCUGUUUUCAAAAAAGUACAAUAGAACCUGUUACCAGCCAUCUUUAAAGGAAAGCUCCAGCCUUUUCCGACCCAGUCUCUAUCUGCUGUGUCUGUAGCAUAUGGUUCAUUAGCAUGGACAUUAAUUUCACUGUAUUUAGAACAUAACAGAAAAUCUACUGAAAGUGCACUACAGCACCUGCUCAUUGGAUCCUUUUAUAUGUGAGGUGAGUGGGGUUUCUGUCCUUUCAUUUAAUACUGGGAAAUGCUUCAAAAAUGAUCUGCAGUAAUUGACCAUAUGCUACAGAUGUAGAAAGUAGAGAUUAGAUUGCAAAAUGCCUCUUUUUCCAGCAAUUCUGUUUAAUCAUAAAAGCUAACUUUUCAUUACAAUGGAUUUAAUUCUGAAAUCUUUUAUCUAUAUAAUCAAAAUGAUUCUUCUGCAAAUGGCAUGCAUCAAAAAGAAAAGAAAAUGCACCCAAAUUAGAUCUUGAUGAGACAUUUUCUCUUCUAUGAUGGUCAUAUUUCCUAUUCUAGUUUGCUUCAUUUUAUCCAUAUGCUGGGUGUAGAUCCCGAACUACUGAGGAGACCCUCAAACACUGCAGGAAAUUUCUGGAUCUCAGGCCUGCUGUGACAGACUGUGUUUUCAUGGACCAUCAGUGUCUUUCUCUGUGUAAGUCAGCAGAUAUCACAUCCAUUAAUGUUCAGCGAGAUAGUGACCACUCUUAAGGAAACCUCAUCUAAGAUACAGUGCAGUUCGAAUCAAUCCAGGACAUCUUCAGCUUAAAGAGCGGCAGUAGUUAGGGUCUGUUAGCUGUUAUUUCCUUGGUUUACAGGAUCUUGUACACUGCUUUUGUAUACGUCUGGCUGCUUGGCAGGAGUUACCAUGUACCAAGAAUCUUAAGCCCACAUUUUAAAAGUGUUAGUACUCCUUCAUAACUUGAUAUACGUGCAGAGGGCCAGUAUUGUGGUUUAAAAGUCAAUCUAAUGGCACUUAGAAAAACAUGAGAUUCUACUUGUCUCAUGGUUACAGCCAACAUACUUGUAGGUCUACAUUUGCACACUUACAAACCUGAAGGUCAAUCAUCCAAAAUCAUUUGUUAUUUCAUAGUAUUGUCAUAUUGUAUUUUCUCAUUGAUUUGUCUGUGGUGGUUACACUGUGUUUAUUAGGUGUUUUUUUUAUUUUUUUUAUUUAAUUUCUUUUGAGUAUUUUCUGUUUUCAUGUUUUCAGUAUUAUUGGGGGGUGUAGAGGUGCUGAGGAUUUCUGUUGACAGUGACCACUCUCAUGUUUACUGCAGAGCUCAACAAUGCCAUUACAAGCUACAAAAAAGUGAACAGGUGCUCGCUGCCAUUGGAAGGAAUUGACAUUGUGCCAUGUCAGAAUUUAGGAUUUAAGAUUAAUUUAAGCUUUCUUUCAUUUCCAGCACACUCUCUUACAAAUUAGCGGUGCAAGUAAUAUGUAUAUGUAUGUUUCAUAUAUGUAUGCCGCUCACAUUUGAUCUGAGAAUGCUGCUCCUGUCCUGUCCACAGUUUUAGAGAUGACAAAGUGAAAUCACUACUAAGACAUCGCAUGCCCUCUAUGGUUGGCAGCAGAAUUAAAAUGAGAUGCGUUAAAACAUUCUGUAGCUUUCAUGUCUCUCUGAAACUAAUGUCUGCAGAUCUAAUCGAAGAUAAAGCUGUUUUCACAAUA